CUAAAUUUUCUUUCUCUCACCCAACCCAUGACCGAGUGUUAUAUAUUAACAAAUAACAUACCUUUACUUCCGUAGUGUACCACAGGCAAAAAAAGAAAGGAAAAAAGCAGAAACAGAGAGAGUCUCUGAUCCUAAGAGUAAGACAGAGGGAGCACCCAUCGUCUGGCUGAGAGUGAACAAAUAUAGGUUGGAUGUUUCCCUCAAACUGUUUGAAGAAAUUCCUGAACCAAAGUUCGUAUCACCAAAACUCAUCAAAAAGGGUUUGAGUAGGUUGUGUAAGAUUUAUAUAUACAAUGAAGCUGAAGGUAGUGUCCAAGAAAAUCUAUGAUUAUGUGCGCCAUGAUCUCAAAGAAAUUGCUUUCCCUUCUUCCUUGCCUGAUCCUCCUCACAUCAAAAAGCGCCCAAAACUCACUUGGCGUGACCGAUUCUUGAUAUUAAAGGAGGCUUCUAGGCUUUAUGCUGCAAGUUGGGUACGUGACAUUGGUCCGGAUCUUCGGCCAAAUGAUUAUAAGAAGUUUGACGAGGAUGAGAGUGAGAGUAAGCCUAAUGGAGCAAAGGGUGGGACUACUAAGGAGAGAGAACCGUCAACGUUGGAGGAUCUUGCUGUGGCUGCGAGAGGGGGAAUGGAGACACUAAGGCCUGCUUUGCAACGGGUGUACAUGACAAGAGCUUCUGCCUACAGAGAUGCUCUCAAAAGUUUUAUACAGGGCUAUCAAGAAGGUGUUCAACAGGUCAUGGAGAAGAAGGAUGAUUCUAAAUCUGAACAGGAAGGCAAUGCGCCAAAAAAUUCACAUUGACAUAAUGUAGGAAGCAAUAUAUAUGUUUCUUCUUUUCUAGUGCGUAAAAUAAUCACUCAACUUGUAGAGCUUUGCUAGAGCUCAGAUUGUAGGGAACUACUAGCAUGAUCGACUCAAAUUUAAGAGUUUUUCCAUAGUGUAAACAAACACUUGAGAGCUAUGAAUAGUCUGGAAAUUCUUUUGUACAUAUAAUGUACAUAUAAUGUCUUUUGAAAUACCUGUCACUUGGUAGUGCUGAAGUCGUUAUUUUGCCA